GCGGAGGCAGCGGAUCGCAGUCUGAAUGCGGCGACAGCGGACAUCAGGCGCCUGGAAGCGCUGCUCGAGAAGAAGCAGAAGGAGAUAGGCGAGCGGGAGGUGCUGUACAAGAGCUGCGAGAAGGCGCUGGGCGAGCUCGAGAGCAAGAACAGCGAGCUCAGGAGUGAGGUGCGACGCCUGGAGAAGGCGGCGGAGGGCGCGCAGGCGGACGCGGAGCAGCUGCGCAUGGGGCUGGAGGCGAUGGAGCGCGAGGGGCGCAACCUCAAGAAGACCCUCUCCACGCUCACCAAGGAGCGCGACGCCCUUAAAGCCGGACUCGACCGCGCCAUGCUGGAGCAGGAGCGGCUGCUUAAAGCCCUAACCAUGAGCUGCAGCGAGCUGGAGGAGUUGAGGGAGGAGGUCGCAGGGAUGAAGCGGCAGGAGGAGGAGCUUAGGCAGGAGGUGCAGGAGGAGCGGACGGAGAGGGAGAGGAUCCAGGAGGAUCUUCUGGUGGAGCUGGAGGAGGUGCGGCAGGCCAAGCGGGGGCUGGAGGAGAGCUUGAAGAUGGCGGAGGACGAGCGGGAUGAGCUGCGGUGGAAGGACAAGGCGGAAGCGCUGAUGCAGGUCCUGCGGGAGAAGGAAGCGCAGUGGGAGCUGGAUUUGAUGAUCGAGCGCGGGGAGGUGGAGAAGAUCCGCCAGAGGGAGCUGCAGAGAGAGGCAGAGAGGGAGACGGAGAGGCGGAGGGACCUUGAGCUGGUGAAAGAGAGAGAGGAGGAGAUCAGGCGGCUGCUGGAGAGGGAGAAGGAGAGAGAGAAGCGAGAGGAGGAGAAGGUGAAGGAGAGGGAGAGGGACGUGCAGAGGGAGAGGGAGAAGCAGGCGGAGAGGGAGAGGGAGAGGAAGAGGCAGAGGGAGAGGGUGGAGGAGAGGGAGCGGGAGAGGCAGAGGGAGAAGGAGCGGGUUGAGGAGAGGAUUCGGGAGGCGCAGAGGGAGAAGGAGAGGGCGGAGGAGAGGGAGAAGGAGAGGGAUAGAGAGAGGAGAGGGCGGAGGAAAGAGAGAAGGAGAGGGUGAGGCAGAAGGAGAGGGAGCAGGAGAAGGCACGUGAGGCUAAGAGGGAGGCAGAGCGGAAAAGGGAGGCGGAGUGGGCGGAGCAGGUGCAGAGGGAGAGGGAGGCGGAAGCGCAGCAGCGCGCGGAGGAGCGGGAGAGGGAGUUGCGGAGGGAGCAGGA